AUGGCUCAUCUUUUGAAGACCUUCCUUUGGCUCUUCGGACUCUUCACUGCCGCAUUGUCGCAGGUCAAGAUCGGCUGUCCACAUGGAUUCACACUUAUAGAGGAGAAAUGCUACUACGUAUCCCUAGAGAAGGAGAACUGGUUCAAUGCCCAUCGCCGGUGCUUCACGCUGAACUCCACUCUGGUCGUCUUCGAUGAUGAAAAGGACAUGAAGGUGGUGACAGCCAGCUUGAAGGUCCUGGGCUUGCCCUUCUCCAACGGCUGGACGGACUCCAUAUGGACGGGCAUCACAUCGCUGGGAACCAACGGGCACUUUGUCCUGAGCCACGAUGGCGGGCCUUUGGCCUAUGCCCAAUGGGCUCCAAAUCAGCCGAACAAUGCCACCGCCCACGAGUGUGUGGCCUAUGCGAACAACAAUGGAUUCGGAUACCACAAUACCCAAUGCGACUUCCACCAGUUCCCUUUUGUGUGUCAGGCGAAGAAGAUUGAGUCGGAAAGUUAUUUGUGCCUGAGGAAGAACCAGUUCGUGGAGAUUGAACUGUGA